AUGAAUCGAAUGCUAAAGAAUAAGUAAAAUUCAAUAACAAUCAAGUCAAAACCGAUUGCAGUCUAAAAUAAAUUAGCAAAUGAAACCAUUUCCAAAAAAGACUGUCUCAUAUAAUUGUUAAUCUUAGUAUUAUAUAUAUCAUUUAAAAUGAAUACUUUCUAAAAUAUAAUUUAUCUUAAAACUAUUGAAUUAGCUGUUUUUUAUACUGAUAUCUUUCUUAAUGAAAAAAAGAUAUCAAGAAAAAAAAUUUAUCUUUUAGCAUUAGUGCUUUCAAUAAAGCUGAGAAAGUUGAUUAAUCUAAUAUUAAUUUUAGUUUAAUUAAAAAGUAAUUAAAAAAUAAACAAAAAUAUAUGA